AUAAGUGUGACAAGUCACCUUGCGCUGACUUAACGUCGAGCUUGGCGUGUGUGCUUAGUGCUUAGGCGUGUACUUAGCUGUCGCUAGACAUAACUUAGCCUGCGUGAACUUGGAUCUAGUCUAGUGCAGUGCAUAAUUGCCCGUGUUACAUCGCUCUCUGCUUUUCAUGGCGGUGGAUUCGUGCAUAAAGUGAUCAUUACUGUUGAUUGAUUGUUAGCUGUGUGCUUGUAAAGUGUUGGCUUAGUUUCUGAGCACGUAACGCGCUUAAAUCAGCCGAUGAUGAGGAUUCAAGACCACCCCUCCGACCCACCGUCAUACCCCAAGUGAUUAACACUGAAUCAAUGCUGUCGCCGAUGUAAUGGGAAUCUGUAAUCCGUCAACAGAUGUCCAAAUGUUGCUGCAAAUAAUACUCGUUCGAUUUACACUGAUUCAACCAAGUUGGAUGACUUUGAUAAUACCCUUCAACGUGCGGCUCAGUUAUCAGCUAGGCUUAUAGUGAGAAUCGUUAGAGCCGUUUUCGAGAUCCGGUGAAAUACAAACAUAUAAACAUCUAAACAUCUAAACAUAUAAAUAGGAGUUGCUCGUUCAAUAGUAUAGGAUAUGGAUAAAAAUUCAAUGGAACUUCUAUGAAGGAUCCUGCUCGCCAUUGGAAUGGAGUGUAUCAGUGGUUAUAGAAUUGAUUUUGAGUUUAGCCUAUGUGAUGGUUGUUUUCUAUACCUCCAAUCGGAUUUUGAUAAGAAUAUGUGUUAUUGAUUCAGUGCUCAAUGCUCAAAGAUGGAAAGAACAAAGAAAGUUAGGUUUGCCGAUGAAGCUUUAGAGGACUUGAGGAAUUUGAACUUGGUUGGAAUGAAACUAGUUUUUGAGGUGAAUGGAAACAGUCUGGCAGAGAAAGCCGGUCUGCAGGUGGGUGACGCAGUAAUCAGAGUGAACGGCCAGGAAGUGUUCAACUUGAGACACAAGGAUGCUCAGGACAUCAUCGUCAGGAGUGGCAACAACAUCGAGAUCUCCAUCCAGAGGGGUGGCGCUGCGACUUGGAAGCCAGCGGUGCAGACCGUGGGGGGUGGAGUGGCCGCCAGCCCCCACUUGCCCUCCAAUGUGGCCCCCGUUACCAAGACCUCCCUGGCCGCUACCAAGCCUGCUGGCCCCACCGGCAUUGGAUCCUCGCACAACCUCUCACCAAGGCCCUUCAACCAGGUUAAUGGCGGCGAGCCUGUGAAAUCGAUUGUCAACAAGCAGUACAACAGUCCGGUGAACAUCUACAGCGAGCAGACCAUUGCCGAGACCCUGUCCGCCCAGGCAGAGGUAUUGGCUGGAGGUGUAUUGGGAGUUAACUUCAAGAAGAACGAGAGAGGCUACGAUGCCGAGAAGAGUGAAGUCUACAAAAUGCUUCAGGAGGCUGAACGAGAACCUAAGACACCCGAACCCGACGUGAAAUCGAGCACGGCUUACUACUCGAGCGUCAGCCACGCUACGGGCGGCAGAGCCGUUUCACCCCGCCCCAUGACGCCGAUCGCCCAGCAAAUGAAUUUGCCCCUACCCCCGCAGACACAGGCGCCCCCCUACAUGCCGUCAGGGGGGCCUGCAUCCUCAUCCAGGUCGGAGCCACCCAAGUGCUCUGGUUGUGGCAAGACUAUUGUCGGUGUGUUCGUCAGAAUAAAAGACAAGAACUUGCACGUUGAGUGCUUCAAGUGCGCCACGUGUGGCUCAUCCCUGAAGAACAUCGGCUACUACAGCAUCAACAACAAGCUCUACUGCGACAUUCACGCCAAGCUGGUGGCCCGUCAGAACCCACCCGGACCCAACAUGGAUCCCAUCACUGUACCUCCUCAAUCGAGUGGGUUUCCUCCUUCGUCUGCUGCAGCGCCAGCAUCGCCACAAUCCAAUCUGGCGCCACUGCCUUUCCACACACCAAGAGUGGCACCUUCUCACGUGGCUGCUCCAAGACCUGUACCUAAGUCUUCGGGAUCAACCAAUACAGUGCCGAAGCCGUUUAGCAGCGUUCAACCGCCUUCGGCUCCUUACCAGCCCCCGGCAGCUCCUUACCAGCCACCGGCAGCUCCUUACCAGCCACCGGCAGCUCCUUACCAGCCCCCAGCGGCUCCUGCACCUCCCGCCCCUGCUCCAGCCCCUGCGCCACCUGCAGCGGCCCCCUUCUACAACAAACCUCAAUCAGCCGAAAACAGUAUUUUUGCUCGGCCAUCCAAUCAGCAAGAUGGGUCCGACUCAACCCCGGCUGCCAAGGCUACUCCCUCAUCAUCCAACCACCCUCCAUCCUCAUUGUCCUUACCAGAUUAUUGCUCCAGUGGCAUUGUAAACCCAGUCACACCAAUAGAAGAGAUUCCUUGCUGUCUGAAUAAGAAUAAGAGAAUGUCGAUUUGUUCGGAGGAGGUUUGCCAACUGUCCGAGGAGGACAAGCAGAAAUUGAAAGGUGCCUGCUUGUUGAUGAUGAAAGAGGAGAGUGAGAGGCCAGAGUCCCCUGUUCCUUUCCCAAAAUCUGGCAGCGACUCUACGGUGACAACUCCACAGACAGAAGAAAUGAAAAGCUUUGGUCUAGCUGUGUCCAACAUGAAUAUUGAGGAGAAGAGAGAAGGAAACACUUCAACAAAAACGUUAGUUUCAGAACAGUUACAAUCACGUGGCAUGGAGGGUUCAUCAUCUAGUCAAAAAGUUGAAAAGUCUGAAGACAAUGGAGUGCAGAGAACCAGAACUAUCAAGACUGAAGAAAGUUUUUCCCAUUCUUCUAGCUCAUUUUCAUCUGUCAGAGCUUCUCAAUCCACACGUUGCAUAACACCUGAGAUUUGUGAGAUUAUGGAGAAACCAUUCGGUAGCCCUUCUCUUCUCCCUCCAUCUAUGGACAGACCAACCACUCCCCAACAAGUGAUCAGUUUCCCACCUGACAUACCAGAGUGCCUUCCUCAACCCAAAUCUCGAACAGGAACUCCUCAGCCUCAACCCCUACAGAGAAUCCUCACAGAAGAGCUUGGUGUGAAACCAAUACAGCCUUCUCUCCCAAAACAAGAAAUGGCAGAGCUUUUCCAGGUCACAAGUUCAAAAGAUGAUAGUACAAUGGUGAAAAUAGAAGAGCUCUAUACUAAAACUCAAGUGGAUGAGAUUGUCAAGAAAGAAUUGAUAAAAUAUCAAACUGGAGCAGAAUCAGUUGAUAUGGGGAUUUUUGAUGAGAAUGUGAAACAAAUGCUGCAGCAGCAGCAGCAACAACAGUUCCAGGAACAAGAAGAGCAGCAAAGACAAGAACAGCUUCAACGUCAGCUGGAACAACAGAGACAGGAACAACUCCAUCGUCAGCAGGAACAACAGAGACAGGAACAACUCCAACGUCAGCAGGAACAACAGAGACAGGAACAACAGAGACUGGAACAUCAGAGACAGGAACAACGUCAGCAGGAACAACAGAGACAAGAACAUCAGAGACAGGAACAACGUCAGCAGGAACAACAGAGACAAGAACAGUUUCAACGUCAGCAGCAACAAAAGCAAGAGCAGAUAAAACGUCAACAGGAAGUAGCACAACAGGAGAAACAGAGACAAGAACAGGUCCAGUAUGAGCAUGGACAAAUGAAAUUGCAGCAUCAGCAGCAAGCAAUCACUCAGAAAUUUCAUCAAGAGGAAUAUCAACAGAAGCAAGUUUCUGAAGUGUCUGAGAGUCAGUCAAAUAGAGAAGUACAAUCAUUGUUUCAUCAAAAGUCAGAGAGAUCAUUCAGCCCAGUCCAUGCACCACCAAAGAUAAUUCGCCCCAAGCCCCAAAUGGUGCCUCUACCACCAGAAACAAAGCCUUAUCAGCCUCCUCCACCACCUCCACAAAUUUCAGAAGAAGAGUCACGUGCUGAGAUGCUGGAGUACAGGAAGAUGGCCUGCCAGUCGCCCAUGGUGGCUGCUCUGACUGUGGCUCCAAGCAGACCUUUCACACCAACCUCCUUCCAGCCCAUACCCACUCUCGAUGAUCUCCCAAAACCACCAGUUGGUGAGAGCAUGUCACUUUUGUCAGCACUUACCAUAGCACCUGAUGAACCAUUUCAUCCCUUUCCAAAGCCAGUUGAUGUGUCUAGAAUAUCACCACCAACGUUUCAAAAGUGGCAGCAACAGUCUGCUGUCUCACAGGAAUCAAAUCAGAAGUCCAUGACACAAAAGCAAGAGCAGAAUUCCACAAGUUGCAUGCAGCAAUCACAGACAUUCUCCUGUCAGAAAUCAAUGAGCUGUUCAAAGCAAGUUUGUGAGAGACAGCUAGUGUCAAAGUCUACAGAAGGGAACAGUGCCUUCAAACCAAUGUUUAAACCUCAGCCUCUUCCUUUACCUGAGCCCAUAACAAAACAAUCUAUUCAAACAACUUAUGUACCAAAAUGUUCCACAGUAUCUGAUGACGUGAAAAGUAACACAUCCAAACCAUUCAUUCAGAACUUUUCAAUCAAAUCACAAGUUGAUAUUCGAAGUAUUAGUCCUUCAGGUCUGCACAAACCUGCUAUUUUGCCAACCUAUCAGCAGAAUAUAGGAGAUAACUCCCUUCCAAAUAGAUCCAAAUCCCCUGUUCCACAUAAAGCUCCAAUGACUGACUCUUCAAAAUCUCAGUUCUCUCCAAGAAGUAGCAGUGUAGCUGGAAAUAUUAUCUCUUCAAAUAAUGCCAGAGCUAGGAGCUUCAUUGGUAGCUCAAGUGGGUAUGUAUCCAGUAGUGUUUAUGGUCAAACAUUCACAAGUGAUAAGGAUGAACCUUCUCAGAGGCCAAAAUCAACAACUUUUGGAGAAGCAUCUGAUAACCUCCUACCCUACUAUCAGCAGAAUAUUGGUGAAAUCCCACUUGCUCAUCGGCCAAAGUCACCAGUUCCUCAUCCUAUAAAAGCCCCAUCAGUAUCCACCCCGGCAAGGGCGUCACCAAUCAUGAAUAAGCCAUCGCCAUUAGCUGGUAAAGCUCCAGAAACUCUAUCAAAGUCAAAACAAGUGUUCAAACCAGAAGUGAAACCAUACAAUAACGUGUUUGCAACUCCUCCAGAACCACUAAAACCUCUGAACAAGACUCUCCCUCAUUUCACAAAACCGAAAUCUGUGGAAGAGACAACACAGAAAACUGCUGGUGUGCCAUGGGUGGUGAAAAAGGUUGAGGAACUGUCAAACAGUUCAGUGACAAAGAAUAAAGAGAAAACAUCUCUAUCAUCUUUGCUGAAAUCUACAAUGCCACAGCCUGUAUCAUCCCUGUCUGUAACCUCUCCUAGUGUCUCCGCCACGGGUAGCCAGAAAUCGGCAGCCGGAUUUACUCCUCCUAAACCCGUAGGUGCUCCCACUACAUCAGUCCCCCCAACAGGUGCCGGCGCCGGUGGCGGCUCAGCUGGCAACAAGGGCGCCACUUUUGCAGGGUCGACGGCACCCCGCCGUGGUCGUGGCACCCUCAACGCUGGUGUUGCACCGGGCGCGCGCAUCCCGCUUUGUGGCAGCUGCAACAGUCAGAUUAGGGGACCGUUCAUCACCGCCCUGGGCAAGAUCUGGUGUCCAGAGCACUUUGUGUGCGCCAACGUGCAGUGCAAGCGACCUCUGCAGGAUGUCGGCUUUGUCGAGGAAAGCUCCGGCCUUUAUUGCGAGUUCUGUUUCGAACAGUUCUUGGCACCCGCCUGCAAUAAGUGCAACAAGAAGAUCAAAGGGGAUUGUUUGAAUGCGAUUGGAAAGCACUUCCAUCCCGAAUGUUUCUGCUGUGCGUACUGCGGAAAGCUGUUCGGAAACAGUCCCUUCUUCCUGGAAGAUGCUCUCCCCUACUGCGAGAACGAUUGGAACGAGCUUUUUACUACUAAAUGUUUUUCGUGCGGCUUCCCCAUCGAGGCCGGUGACAGAUGGGUCGAAGCUUUGGCUAACAACUACCACAGCCAGUGCUUCAACUGCACUAUGUGCAAAAAGAAUCUUGAAGGACAGAGCUUUUUCGCCAAAGGAGGUCGACCAUUUUGCAAGAAUCACGCUCGCUAAUGUCGACUUCGAUUAUUAGAAUAACAAAUCUACCACAAUGUAUUCUCUAUCUCUGUAUUAUCUAUAGGUAUUGAUAAUUUUACAAUUAUCUUCGAACAAUAAUAGUAAGUUAUUUGUCAUUCAUCGAUUUUUAACAAAAAAAUAUGUUCAUUUUUGUUUUUGAUGAUUCCCAGCAGCCAGCACAAGAAGAUUCAUAUCAAUAGUGAAAGUGUUUCCAUAAUGUACAUUGGAAUCCCUUUAUUCAGCUUUCGAUUACCAUUAUUGUUAUAUAUUUUAUUGUUAAUUAAGCCCUGCUGUGUAUGUUUUCUGCUGUAAUUAACUAGAAAUUCUGAUUUUGGAGUUCUUCAUUGAUGAGAUACGAAAGCAUAGUGAUACAAAUAACUAUUCCAAUGUUAUCAAAAAUGGGUGAUUCUUAUUCAUUAUAUUCUCGUAACUGUACCCUUUCCAGGUAUCUUUAUCUAUGAAUUAUGUAUCUUGUUAUUUUGAACAUGAUUUCUGAAAAGUUACCAUCCCGAAUACACGAAAAACUUGAGAAAAACGUACCAAAGACUUGACAGUCCAUCUGUUAUAAUAUACCUUUUUGUGAGAGAGGGACUGUUUAAUGAUUAUUAUUGUUAUGACUAGUCAAAUUAAAUGGGUUUAUCUUCCUUAAAAUCCACUGUUUAUCAAUAUCUAUCAUGGAAUUUUCAAUACUCAUCAUUCUCAAUCAAUCCUUGUCAGUAAUAAUUAUUCCUCCAGAAAUGUAUUAUUCCAUGCUCAUUAAUGUUAUGAACUCAGCAAACUCAAUGUAUUUCUCCCUAGCAUGCCUUUCAUGUGUAGCCUAUAAUCCUCUUUGUAAUUUGUGUGUUCUUCUCACUAUAUUAAUAAAUUUAUGAUUGUUGAUAACUCUUUACGAAUAUUGUUAAGUUGACCUAUAGAAAUUUACUAUAUUAAGUUAAACUAUUUGUUAGAUGUUUAUUGCUGAUUGUUGUAAAUAACUGAACCGAUAAACAUUCGUUUCAACUCUGAA